GAAAAAGAUCGGGUUUGGAGGCAUAUCAACGAAAAAUGAACAUUCACGAGGUAGUUCUUUGAAGACAAUGAAAAUAACCGUAAACGGUUGUCAAAAUCAUGCGAUGUUUGCCGGGAAAAGAAGCUCAAAUGCGAUUCGCAAAAAGUAUGUUCGCAUUGUCGAAGUCAUGGAUUUGAGUGUGUAUAUUCUUACGUCAAAAAACCGGGUCUUAAACCUGGUUAUGGAAAAGAGCUACUAAAGAGGAUAUCUUCUUUGGAGGAAGAAAGCCAAACAUUUCAUAAGAAGUUCAAAAUUAUCGAAUCGGCGCUCGAAAGCCUGCAAGGUGGCAAUUCUACAAAUCAUGUGGGGCAUAGUUUGGUAAACUUGAUGAGUUCAGAUUCUCUUCAAGCUAGUGUGACAUCUGUGGACGCUGCUUUAAGCCAAUCCCAAACAACUAUGAGCUCACAGAUGCCUAAACACCAACACAUGGACCGUAACAUCAGGUUUCUCAGCAAUGGGUUACCAGGACCUGGAACACUUAAACAACUCGUUGAUAUAUUCUUUGCCAAAGUAUAUCCCAGCUUUCCUAUUAUUCAUCCACGAGAAGCAAGAAGAAGUGUACAGCAAUAUAUUCGUGCCAUUGAAGCUUCAAAUGCCACUCAAGAUUUGUCGGUUGACAAACCACCAUUGAUUAUCUACGGGAUUGUUCUAAAUUCAAUGCAAUACAUACAAGAAAGCAAGAAUGUUUCCAUGACCAAAGAUGAAGUUGAACAAUUGAUUCUCACGUGUAAACAGAAGAUCAUUCUCGAAUGUUACUCUAUAUCUUCAAUUGUUCAACUUCAAACGAUAGCAUUGAUGGCUUAUUAUUCAUUUGGAAAUUCUUUUGUUCCAGAAUCGUCUUCAAUUAUUGGCAUGUCUGCCACUGGGAUGAUCCACUUGAAUAUUUCGGUUACCAACGAUGCGAAUUCUCGAUCUACAUCUUCAGAUACUACAAAGGACUCUUUACCUUUUGUUAUUCGACCAAAAAGAGCCAAAAUUUUGAAAGACCCUGUCACUGUCAAUGAGAAGGAGGUAAGGAUUCGGCUAGGGUGGGGUAUCGUUGUUCUUGAUCUUCUGAAUUCAUUCUCUUCAGGCACGCCAUUGUGUGUGCCCGAGUCAGAAGAAAAGCUCUCUAGGCCUCUGGGAACCAAGUUGUGGAGUCAAAUUGAUGAUCCGAACUACAAGCCACUUCUUUUUGCCAAGAAUGGCUCAGAAACUGAAACUUUUGAUGCAUUCAGUUACUUCACUGAUGUAAUACAGAUGAUGAGAAAGAUGUAUGCGUUUAUAUCUCACCCCCGAAAUAUAGCUGACAAGCAAAAUGUUUGUGAGUGGUUUGUGCACUUUCAUAUGUUGGAAACCGAAAUGAUGGACUGGAAGAGCAAUUUACCCUCUAAGUACGCUUCCCUGUUGGAUUCAAGCACUUUGUGUACUGAACAAAAUACCUUUGAAGAAAUUGCAGGUCUUGCUCUUUUGCAUUCUUCAUACCACAUAGCACUGAUCAAGAUGCACAGCGCAUAUGGAUACCCGCAUAUUGAAUCUUCCGCUUUCAAGCACUCAGAAAGCUCGCGACGAAUAUGUCUUGAAUCAGUGGAAAGAGUAGCACUAUUGGCUCAAAAUAUCAUGGAGCAAGAAAAGAAGAACGGUGAGAAAAUGCUUGAAAACUUAGGACCACACUAUUCUUUUUGUAUAUGGGUUUGCGCUAGAGUCUUGAUAGCAGACAGCAUUUUUAACCAGGCUGCAAAAAGCCAGUCAGAUCGGGAGAACCUCAACUUGAAACUAAAGUUGUUUUCCGGAAUACUAUUCGCAAUCGGGAAGCAUUGGCAGGGAGCUCAAAAAUACUAUAGGAUUUUGAGGCAGCUACAAAGCUUCGGCUUUGAUACUCUCCCUGCACCUACAAACACGGACUAUCCAGAAGGAAAUGAGUAUGAAAUACCUCCGUCACAGGCCAUUGCUGACAUGAGGAUCAAUGCACAUCUACUUUCUCUCAUUUUGAACAAAUCUUUAACGAAAGAUUCUCAAAACCGGAAGCUGCACGAUAGCCAAAAUUCAAUAAUAGAUAAAAACGGCUUUUUAGCUUCGACGCAGUCAAGGUCAAACAGAACCCAAGAGGAGAGUAUGCUUCUGGACGCUUUCCAAUUUGACACGAGCUCUUUUGCAUUUGAAGACUUACUUGGAUACCUGACUCAAAAUAAUAUUGCAUAGGAGCCUCUUCAAUAGUCAAUAGCCCAUUAUCAACACCAAUUAUAUCUGUGCAACCAGCGAGCUGAAGGGGGCACACGAACAGAAACUAUUAGAACUAUUUACAGAUUAUGUAACUGUACUGGAAUAAGUGUCCCACCCUGCAGACUCUUUA